UCUAUUGAAGGGUGAGUAAAUUGUUGUUCAUGGAGGAAAGCAUUCCUUCUUUGCCAUAGGGAUCGAGCCACAUAAGCAAAACAAGCCAACUCCUUGCUAUGCAACCUGUCAACCAUCUGUUUAAAGAUCUGAGCAAAAUCGAGAUGAGUAAUCGCCAUCUUCUGCAUUUUCUUAGCACCGAUCAUCCAAAUCUCUGGACUUUUCUUCCUUGUACGAGGAAAACAAGCCAACUCCUUGAUAUGCAACCUGUCAACCAUCUGUUUAAAGUUCUGAGCAAAAUCGAGAUGAGUAAUCGCCAUCUUCUGCAUUUUCUUCGCACCGAUCAUCCAAAUCUCUGGACUUUUCUUCCUAGUAUGAGGAAAACAAGCCAACUCCUUUCUAUGCAACCUGUCAACUCCUUGCUAUGCAACCUGUCAAUCAUCUGUUUAAAGAUCUGAGCAAAAUCGAGAUGAGUAAUCACCAUCUUCUGCAUUUUCUUAGCACCGAUCAUCCAAAUCUCUAGACUUUUCUUCCUUGUAUGAGGAUCCAUAUUAUAAGCAUCUUUACUAAGUAGGGCGGCGGCUUUUACAGAUUAAUCAUUGCAUCCCUCUCCGGUCUCCAUGGCCUCCAUUUUCACAAACCCCAAAUUCUACUCCACAACUCCUGCAACCUCCAUUUUCGCUUCCGGUCCCUCCAACCCAACCAUCCCACACCGCUCUCUGCUCCACUUCUACCCCAAACUCUCCUCACACCCUCCUCCUUUCCCCUAUGCCUCCACUAGAAAAGCCGCCGUCUCCUGGUCCCAGCAACAACAAACCCCGCCGAUAACGGCUACAUACCCCACGCCAAAGCGACGCCCCGAAUACAUCGCCAACCGCAUCUCCGACCCCUCCUAUCUCCGCAUCUUCGACACCACCCUCCGCGAUGGCGAGCAGUCCCCCGGUGCCUCCCUCACCUCCAAGGAAAAACUAGACAUCGCCCGUCAGCUCUCUAAACUCGGGGUUGACAUCAUCGAAGCCGGCUUCCCCGUCUCCUCCACGGACGACUUCGAGGCUGUCAAGACCAUUGCCAAGGAAGUAGGUAAUGCAGUCGAUAAGGACGGCUACGUUCCGGUCAUCUGCGGUUUCGCCCGUUGCAAUGAGAAGGAUAUACGGACGGCGUGGGAGGCGCUGAAGUACGCGAAGCGGCCAAGGAUUCAUACCUUUAUAGCAACCAGUGCUAUUCACAUGGAAUACAAAUUGAGGAAGACGAAAGCGAUGGUUGUUGAGAUUGCCAGGAGUAUGGUGAAGUUUGCCCGGAGUUUGGGCUGCGAGGAUGUCGAGUUUGGUGCUGAAGAUGCUGGGAGAUCGGACAGGGAGUUUCUGUAUGAAAUAUUGGGUGAAGUUAUCAGGGCUGGAGCCACAACUAUAAACAUAGCUGAUACUGUGGGUAUUAAUGAACCAAGCGAAUUUGGAAAACUGAUUGCUGACAUAAAAUCCAAUACACCUGGAAUAGAAAACGUUAUCAUAUCAAUUCACUGCCAAAAUGAUCUUGGACUUUCUACUGCUAACACUGUAGCGGGGGCAUGUGCGGGUGCAAGGCAGCUGGAAGUAACCAUAAAUGGCAUUGGUGAAAGGGCAGGGAAUGCUUCACUUGAGGAGGUUGUGAUGACCUUAAAAUACCAUGGGGAGGUUCUGUUUGGAGGUCUCUAUACUGGGAUUAAUCCCCGACAUAUCUAUAUAACAAGCAAGAUGGUUGAAGAAUACACCGGGAUGCAUGUGCAGCCACACAAAGCUAUUGUUGGUGCUAAUGCAUUUGCUCAUGAAAGUGGUAUCCACCAGGAUGGAAUGCUUAAACACAAAGGCACAUACGAGAUAAUAGCUCCUGAAGAUAUUGGCUUCGAACGAUCCAAUGAAGCUGGAAUUGUCCUUGGAAAACUUAGUGGACGCCAUGGUUUGAAAAAGCGACUUGAAGAGCUUGGUUAUGAGCUUGACAAUGAGCAACUUGAGGGUAUAUUUUGGCGCUUCAAAGCAGUAGCUGAUCAGAAAAAGAGAGUUACUGAUGCUGAUUUGAGAGCAUUCGUUUGUGAUGAAGUUUUUCAGCCAGAACUUGUUUGGAAACUUCAAGAUCUGCAGGUUACAUGUGGGACUCUUGGUCUUUCUACGGCAACUGUUAAACUUAUCGAUGCUAAUGGAAGAGAGCAUGUUGCUUGCUCAGUUGGAACAGGGCCAGUAGAUUCAGCUUACAAAGCUGUUGAUCUUAUCGUGAAGGAGCCUGUAACCGUUCUUGAGUACUCUCUGACUGCAGUCACAGAAGGCAUUGAUGCAAUAGCUACCACCCGUGUUCUAAUUCGUGGGGAUAACAGUCGCACAACCACUCAUGCCCAUACUGGAGAAGCAGUUCAUCAGACAUUUAGUGGGAUUGGCACAGAAAUGGAUAUUGUUGUUUCUAGUGUCAAGGCCUAUAUUGGUGCGUUAAUUAAGAUGUUGUUAGGUUUCAAGGAGAAGAAGUCCCGGGAUAACGCUGCAGCAGAGAGAACGGCCAUCUCUGCUUGAGGAGCUGUGCAAAUUCAUCACAUUUGCAUGAUACCUACACAAAACCGGUUAGGAUCAUUAAUCAAUGUGAUUCUCUCGUUGUUUGACUGCUGGAUUUUCCCUCUUAAAUUUGUAAUUUGAUGGGGAUGAAAUCUGAUGUAUAUUAUACGCAGAUAUCUUCUUUUUGGGUUAGUGACGUUGCAAUAAAUUAGAUAUUGCUGUA